UGCCGCUGGGCGGCGUCGUAGUCUCGACCACUGAAGGAAAAGUGCGUGGCAUGACGAAGACAGUUCUCGGAAAGAAUAUCGAUGUGUUCCUCGGUAUUCCGUACGCGGUGCCACCGACCGGAGAGCUCCGUUUCCGCAAACCACUGCCCCAGCCGCCUUGGGAGGAUACCUACGACGCGACCAGCGCUAAGGACUCGUGUAUGCAGCCUCUCCUUCCUUAUAUUUUUUACAUACCAACGCCGCUGUCGGAAGAUUGCCUUUACCUGAACGUGUGGACACCGAAGGCGUCAAGCGAGACGAAGGUUCCCGUCCUGCUGUGGUUUUUCGGUGGGACUUUCUUGGUUGGCUCCGCUUACGAGACGAGAUACGACGGGGCAGCAUUACCUGCACUCAAGGGUGUCGUUGUCGUCUCUUGCAAUUUCAGAUCGGGCAUGUUCGGUUUUCUAGAUGCAAACACCGAAGGGGCACCUGGAAACAUGGCACUGUGGGACCAGCUUCUGGUUAUGCAGUGGGUCCAGCGAAACAUCGCAGCGUUCGGAGGUGAUCCGGAUCUCGUCACGGCGGUCGGCGAAAGUUCUGGAGCCAUGGACAUUCACCUUCACCUCAUGUCGCCGUAUAGUGACGGCCUUUUUUGCCGCAUGUUUUCGAUGAGUGGGACUGAAACAAGCAAUUCGAAUGUCGACUCUGUUUUCGAAAGCAUAAGCCGGGGAAACUCUGUUGCUGCGCUACUUGGAUGCGCGGAUGUCUUCCAAGACCUCACAACGCACCCGGAAAAGGUGUUGGAUUGUCUCCGAAGCAAGCCGGCCCAGCAAAUCGUAGACGCUACAGAAAACGCGACCGCGCCUUGCAUGUUGGCCUUCUUCCCCACAUUCAACACCGAGUACAUCCCGUACCUGCCAUCGAUAGCUUCUGAAAAAGGCAUGUUUAGAGUUGUGGAUGUAGUGCUCUCUGUUUUAGCGAACGAAGGCGGCUUUUUCUUUGACAUGCAGUCGGAUAGAGAGCUGCUCCAAGAUGACCUGAGCGACUACGAAUACCCCGCCUUCCUCGACGCGUUAAAAGGUACCUUUCAGAAAUGGCUCAAGAAAAAAAUCGUUCCUUUAGGUAUAUCCUACCUAAAGAACAGCAGUUCUUCGAGCAAGGCGGACUUGAGGCAAACAACGGCGGAUUUUAUUGGCAAGCACAAUUUUUACUGCCCGACAAAGUUCUACGCUGAAGACAACUCGGCCUACGGAGGAGACGUGUACGGCAUGGUGUUCGGUCAUCGCUCUCAAAAGUCAACCGAACCUGAAUGGGUUUAUGUUCGGCAUAUGGAAGAAAUACCGUACUUUUUUGGGAUCCCGUAUCUAAAUACCGUUAACUAUACCGAUGAGGACCGGCAGGUGAGCGACUAUGCCAUGGAGGUGUUGGUGUCGUUUGCUCGAGAUGGGAAACCUACUUCACCCGAUGGGCUUGAGUGGACUGCGUAUUCAGAAGAGGAGCCGAAGUUUAUGUGGCUACAACCGGGAAACUACAGCCUCGUGGACUACAUGGAAGGGGGCGCAUGUGCAUUGUGGCGAAACUUUUAGCACUU